UUUCACUCUUAUCCGGGGAGAAUCAGUUGGGCAAGGGCAGCUUUUUUUUCCAGUUUUUCUUCUCAAAAUUUCACCUAAUUAUCCUUUCUUUUGUUUGCAGAGAAGGUCACAGACUCACAGAUUCAUAAAUUCAUCCGAUUAUUUAGAAAACACUCAAGUGCAUACAUAGAUUUUUGUGUGUGUAUGUGUGUAUAGAUAUAUUCGCAGACCUGUCGGUGACUCGAAAGUCAGAGAAAUGGCGGAGGAGGAUAAAGAACGCCAAAGUCGGAAACGGCGCCGUCUGACGUGGGACGUUGCUCCGUCGGGGCAGCCCGAGGCUGAUGAAAGGGAUGGUGAGGAUAGUGAGGCAAGGGUGCCUCCGGCUCCAAUGCUGCGGCGACAUGUAUCGCCUCCGAAGAGGGAUGACGAUCGUGAUGGGCAUUACGUUUUCAGCCUGGGCGAGAAUCUCACUCCUAGAUAUAAGAUACUUGGCAAGAUGGGUGAAGGCACAUUUGGUCGAGUAUUGGAAUGUUGGGAUCGUCAAACACGAGAAUAUGUUGCAGUCAAAGUUGUUAGAAGCAUAAGCAAGUAUCGGGAUGCAGCGAUGAUCGAGAUUGAUGUACUUCAGCAUCUUGCUAAAAAUGAUAAAGAUGAUUCACAUUGUGUGAAGAUGCAUAGUUGGUUUGAUUAUCGCAAUCAUAUAUGUAUAGUCUUUGAGAAGCUUGGACCAAGUUUAUUUGAUUUUCUAAAGAGAAAUAAAUACUCACCCUUUCCUGUGGAUCUUGUUCGGGAGUUUGGGCGCCAGCUUUUGGAAUCUGUAGCAUAUAUGCAUGAUUUACGGUUAAUUCACACUGAUCUGAAGCCGGAAAAUAUACUUCUUGUCUCUUCUGAAUUUGUAAAGCUUCCUGUCUGCAAGAAGACAUCAGAUGAAACAAAUUGCAGGUGCUUGCCAAAGUCAAGUGCCAUAAAGCUGAUUGAUUUUGGUAGUACUGCAUAUGAUAAUCAGAUUCAUAGCUCCAUUGUUUCCACAAGGCAUUACAGGGCACCUGAGAUCAUUCUAGGUUUAGGAUGGACGUAUCCUUGUGAUAUUUGGAGCGUCGGUUGCAUUCUUGUAGAACUUUGCACGGGUGAAGCACUGUUUCAAACACAUGAGAACUUGGAGCAUUUGGCUAUGAUGGAGAGAGUGUUGGGACCCUUGCCGGAGCACAUGAUCCGAAGAGCGGACAGAGGCGCUAAAAAAUAUUUCAGACGAUCACGUCUUAACUGGCCUGAAGGAGCAGUUUCCAGGGAGAGCAUCCGUGCAGUAAGGAAGCUAGAUCAAUUGAAGAAUCUUGUGUCGAGGCAUGUCGAUUCCUCAAGAUCCUCCCUUGUAAACUUGUUGCAUGGCUUAUUGAAGUUUGAUCCAUCCGAACGACUUACUGCUCGACAAGCUCUAGAGCAUCCCUUCUUCAAGGACCCAACUUAAAAACUGCGCCUGAUAUGUAGAAACACAUUUUUAAUAACUUUGUUUACUCCCGUGGGUGCUAAUACCAAGGAUGCAUCUUAUGUACCCUAAAGAUGCUUGAGCAGUAUAAUGUUAUCUCAGUUGGCUAGAGAAAGAGCUUAUUGAUGGAUUCUUUUCGUUUGAA